UGGAUAGAGGGUAAAAUAAUAUAGAUAGAGGGCAAAAUAAUCAGUUCCCGAGCCAAGACGCGCCGUGAGAUGUAAACAAAGCAUGGCGGAGACCGAGGAUGACGCAACGAAGCGGCCUUAUAGGAACAAGGGCGGACCGCACGGCCUGGGUGACCCAGAUGACAGGUCACUCAGGAAAGUGGAAACUGAAGUCUGCAUCCCCAAGAAGAUGAGGGAGAUAGCACGGCAGGAGAAAUGUGUGCCAGAAGUUGAUGCCUUCACCCGGUGCUGCAAGGAUACAGGUCUGGCCAUGGUGGUGAAGUGCAGGAAGGAGAACACGGCACUCUGGGACUGUCUCGGCUACUGGUACAAAGAUGAGGAGUUUAAGAAAAGAUGCACAGAGGAGUUCUUGGCGGAGCGCAGUGAGUUCCGCCGCACGGGCCUAACCAAGAAGCAGAGGGAUGCGCAGGCGAGGGAGGCGAUGGGCUGACAGAGAUAAGGCCGACCUAGGUACACCCCUUCUUACCUCCCCCUUUCUUACACCCUACACCCUUAGCACACACUCACACAUAUCUUCCUCUCUGUUAUCGUCUCUUACAUCUACACCCUAAGCUGAUACACACACACACACACACACACACACACACACAUAUGUACCUUUGAAUAUCUUACCCUCAAUAGAUAUAAACAUACAUACAUACAUAUUUCCUAUACUUAAAACACACUCAUAGACAUACAUAUAUACCUUCCCUUACACUUCUCUAAUACACCUACACACAUACCCUCCCAUAAGUUACACUAUAUAAGCAUUCACAUACACACAUAUACAUACAUACAUACUUUUCCUUACAGUAGUGUGAUUAUACGCACACACACAUA